AAACAUACUUUGUUGACAAGGUCGCGCGGCGCUCCGCGAAGGCGCGGCGGCAAACCCCACCUACGCAGGCCGCCCGCCGCCCGCCGCGCUCCGAUUCAAGCAGGAAUCACGGACCAACCCGAUCCUUCCGCCCAUAGAUACCAUCCCUCCACGCAUCGGCUCAUCUGCUCACCUCGCUGCAAACCAAGAUCCACAUCCGCCUAGCCGAUUAGGGUUUGCAACGAUUGGUAAGCAGCUUCGAAAGGUGAUGGGUACGGUUGGCGCUUGGAGGCGAGCACACGAUGAAGCCGUCGUGGACUUGGAUGAAUCUCCCAACGCCGCCGCCGGCGGAGGCAGCCAGCACGGGCCUCCGACCACCGCGGGCACACGGGCCACGCCCAUUGACGUCGAAGCGCUAGGCGACGAGGGGAGUUCGAGAGCCAAGAUAAAGCGUCGUGUGGCUGUUGUGGAUCUGGAGGCGGAUGCUGAUCAGGAAUGUUCUGGUGAUGCCAGAACAACAAUUAGCCAUCUCAUCGGUGGGAACAAACGCCGGAAGGUUCCACCUGUUAUAUGCCUUUCUCCGGACAGGGAAGAAAGAUUCAGCAAUCAGCGAAACAGCACCGUGCGAGUCAGUACACCAAGUGCCAAUGCUGCUCCAAAGGAACCAACAUUCACUUGCCCAGUGUGCUUGAACAAGAUGGAGCUGUCGUCCGUGACGAGCUGUGGCCAUGUCUUCUGUGACAAGUGCAUCCAGGCGGCCAUAAAGGCCCAGAAGAAAUGCCCCACUUGCAGGAAGAGGCUAGGGCCGAAGAGCUACCGCCGAGUUUACCUCCCAGCAACUGCUGAUCAAGUCUGAGCUUGAAGUCCUCCAUUUAUUUCAGACUAUCUUAGCGACAAAGAGCUUAGGAUGGUGCGCAAUCAAGCAGUUAGAGCCGCUGCCUUUUGCAAGUAUUGCUUGAACUUCAUACCGUGGGACUUGUGUUCUGGAAUAGGUUAGUGACUAGAGAAGUGACGUGCUCUGUUUGGUUGUGUGCAUCGAUGGAUGCACCACCUGGGCCAACACCUUAGUUUUCUUCUAAGUACUGGUUGAUGAUCUUGACUUGAGAUCAUGGCUCAUGAAUUUGCGCAUGUCCCUCAUGGUUGAUGAAUUUAGUUGGGGAGAGCGACGCAUCACUUUACAUGCA